CGCUAGGGGGCGUCCUGCCUCCAUGUCUGCUCCUUUAAACUCUCAGGAGCUUCUCUCGCUCUGACAGGCUGCAUGAUGAAGCUCAUUAACUUCAUCCGUUACUGCACGAGCCGCACACGCGCUCUUCCUCUCUAGUUCGUCCGGGCGCGCUUUCCACUCCAUCAGGACCAGGAGCACGCCAUCCCUGCUCAGACCUGAGACCGGCUCUGUGUCCGGGGAACUUGAUGAGACCCUCAGACUACAAUCAGCCUGGACUCGGCUUGUGUGAUGAUCCCGAGAGCCUUCCGUGUUUCCUGUGACGCAGGACAGCCGCGCCGCGCCUCACCGCACCGCACCGCACCGCGCACUUCGGGGAGCUGCGAGAAGCGCGAAAACAGCGCGUCCGUGACUUCGGUCUUCUGUAACCACUCGACCCUGAUGUGAACAUGUCUUUACUGUGGUGACCAGUCCGACACUGAUCUGAGAGCGACCAGUGCUGUCUGUGGGAGGACAGGGACCCGAGCUCCGGAGCGUCAUCCCCUGCUGACGGGCGGGGAGUGGAACAGACACCCGCAGGUGAUCCUGAGCGUCAGAAACCUGCUGUUUAGAGGAAUUUACCGCUUCUGUGUCAGGAUCAGGAACAGCUCUGCUCUGUAUCUGCGGGGACAAGAAAAAGUGGAUUUGGAUUUAAUUGAAUUUUGAUGGAUGCUGAUGCGGGACCGGAUCGAGUCCCCGCGGAGGAAUUUAGCGGAAAAUGUUUGUGUGAUGUGACAAACAGCUAGAGACAGAAAACAUCUGUCUGACCUGUGACACUGACAGAGGAAACACCUGCUCCUGCUGCGGAGAGAAAAGGUUUCUGGAAGAAUGUGAAACUGGAGCUGCUGAGACCCUAAAGCUUCGCCUCCUCUGCUGCGUCCGACAGCUAUGUCCUACACAGAAACCUGUACCGCAGGAAAACCUCUGGGUCAGUGUUUGUAGUUGGGACUGCCCACCGUGUUUAACCCUGACCUGGGUGACGGGGGACUCCAUGGUCUGGCCCGUCCCGUCCUCGCCACAUCGUCCUCACUGCCGCUGCAGCAACUUGCUUGUUGAUUGUGCAAUCAAAUCACCGCUCCCUUUCCCUGCAGCUUGACUCACCUCAGAAUGGCGAGGGGUUCAAAGCCCCCGAGCGUUCCCAGCCAGUGCUUCCUCUCUCUGCUGAUGCUAAAGAGCUGCUGGCUGCUAGGCUCUGCCACGCAGAAGUCCACAGUGUUGGCGGACUCCCAGCAGCCCCAGCAGGAGUAUGCCCACUCCAUCCGGCUGGAUGGUGACAUCAUCCUGGGCGGCUUGUUCCCCGUGCACGCUCGUGGCGAGAGAGGCGUGCCCUGUGGCGAGCUGAAGAAGGAGAAGGGCAUACACCGGCUGGAGGCCAUGCUGUUCGCCAUCGACCUCAUCAACAAGGACCCGGAGUUGCUGCCCAACGUGACGCUUGGGGCACGCAUCUUGGACACGUGUUCUCGUGACACCUACGCUCUGGAGCAGUCGCUCACCUUCGUCCAGGCACUCAUCGAGAGGGACGGCUCUGACGUCCGCUGCGCUAACGGAGACCCACCCAUCUUCGCCAAGCCGGAUAAAGUGGUGGGCGUCAUCGGGGCGUCGGCCAGCUCUGUGUCGAUCAUGGUGGCCAACAUCCUGCGACUGUUCAAAAUUCCUCAGAUCAGCUACGCCUCGACGGCUCCGGAGCUCAGUGACAACACGCGUUAUGACUUCUUCUCCCGCGUGGUUCCUCCGGACUCCUACCAGGCUCAGGCCAUGCUGGACAUCGUCACAGCGAUGGGCUGGAACUACGUGUCCACACUCGCCUCAGAGGGAAACUACGGCGAGAGUGGCGUCGAGGCCUUCGUCCAGAUCUCCAGAGAGUCAGGUGGGGUCUGUAUCGCUCAGUCUCUGAAGGUUCUUCGGGAGCCGAGACCCGGCGAGUUCGACAAGAUCGUCCUGCGUCUGCUAGAGACUCCCAACGCUCGCGCUGUCAUCAUGUUCGCAAACGAAGAUGACAUUCGGCGAAUCUUGGAUGCGGCGAAACGCAACAACCUGACAGGUCACUUCCUGUGGGUGGGCUCUGACAGCUGGGGCUCCAAAAUCUCUCCAGUGGUCCAGCAAGAGCGGGUGGCCGAGGGCGCCGUCACCAUCCUCCCCAAGAGGGCGUCCGUGGACGCGUUUGACCGUUACUUCAAGAGCCGCUCCCUGUCCAACAACCGCAGGAACGUCUGGUUCGCUGAGUUCUGGGAGGAGAACUUCGUCUGCAAGCUGGGGAUGCACGGCAAGAGACCCGGCAGCCCCAAGAAAUGUACAGGGUUGGAGAAAGUUGGCCGUGACUCCACCUACGAGCAGGAGGGGAAGGUUCAGUUUGUGAUGGACGCCGUGUACGCCAUGGCCCAUGCUCUGCACCACAUGCACCGCGAGCUCUGUGCCGGAUACCCCGGCCUGUGCCCGCGCAUGGCUAACAUCGACGGCAAGGAGCUGCUGGCCCACAUCCGUGCCGUCGGCUUCAACGGAAGUGCAGGGACUCCGGUCACCUUUAACGAGAAUGGCGACGCUCCUGGACGCUACGACAUCUUCCAGUAUCAGAUCAACAACAGGUCGACAGCAGAGUACAAGGUCAUCGGACACUGGACCAAUCAGCUGUAUCUGAACAUGGAGGCCUUGCAGUGGACCACCGGCGACUCCUCCUUGCCAGCAUCGGUGUGCAGCCUGCCUUGCCGGACCGGCGAGAGGAAGAAGGUGGUGAAGGGCGUCCAGUGCUGCUGGCACUGCGAGCGCUGCGAGGGAUACCAUUUCCAGGCCAGCGAGUUCACCUGCGAGCUCUGCCCCUACGAGAAGAGACCCGACCAGAACCGCACAGGCUGCCAGCCCAUACCCAUCAUCAAGCUGGAGUGGCACUCGCCCUGGGCGCUGUUGCCUGUCUUCAUCUCCGUCCUGGGCAUCAUCGCCACCACCUUUGUCAUUGUCACCUUUGUCCGCUACCACGACACGCCCAUUGUUCGCGCCUCGGGGCGGGAGAUGAGCUACGUGCUGCUAACGGGUAUCUUCCUGUGUUACAUCAUCACCUUCCCCAUGAUUGCUGCACCCGAUGUUGUCGUCUGCUCCUUCCGCCGCAUCUUCCUGGGCCUCGGCAUGUGCUUCAGCAACGCUGCGCUGCUCACCAAGACCAACCGCAUCCACCGCAUCUUCGAACAGGGCAAGAAGGCAGUAACGGCACCACGCUUUAUCUCACCAGCCUCCCAGCUGGUCAUUACCUUCUCGCUCAUCUCAGUUCAGCUGCUGGGUGUGCUCGUGUGGUUCGCAGCCGACCCGCCGCACACUUUUGUGGACUACGGUGAGCAGCGCACGCAGGAUCCUGAGAACGCGCGCGGCGUCCUCAAGUGUGACAUCUCCGACCUGUCACUCAUCUGCUCGCUGGGAUACAGCAUCCUCUUGAUGGUCACAUGCACUGUUUACGCCAUCAAGACGCGUGGUGUACCAGAGACCUUCAACGAGGCCAAACCCAUUGGAUUUACUAUGUACACAACCUGCAUCAUCUGGCUUGCCUUCAUCCCUAUCUUCUUUGGCACGGCACAGUCGGCAGAGCGGAUGUACAUCCAGACGGCCACGCUGACCGUCUCCCUCAGCCUCAGCGCCUCCGUCUCUCUGGGCAUGCUCUACAUGCCGAAGGUCUACAUCAUCAUCUUCCACCCUGAGCAGAACGUCCCCAAACGCAAACGCAGCUUCAAGGCCAUUGUCACCGCCGCCACCAUGACCAGCAAGCUGUCACAGCUGGCGGCUGAGCGGCCCAACGGCGAGGUGAAGACGGAGCUGUGCGAGGGUGUAGAGGCCAACGUGCCGCCAACAAAAAACACCUAUGUCAGCUACACCAACCAUGCCAUGUGAAAAAAUGACACCUUUGACUCGAGGAUGUCCUGGGACAUUUAACAAGCAGAUUUCUGUCAGACUCAGAAGAGACGUCACCAGAGCGCAAGACAGAAAUGAGGACAAACUGAACCAACACAUCUGUGGUGUUUUUAUGUUUACAGACAGCAGGAAACGGGCCUGAUUGGCGCCAAAAACCUGAAAGGAUCACAACUGAAAACCUUCAAAGAGACCGCGAGGAAGCAGGAGGAUGAUAACCUGAAAGACAAAAAAAAAUUUAAAACAAAUUUUCAAAAAUAAAUACAAAAAAUGUAUUGUGGAGACCAACCAUAUUUGUUGUUAUUCUAAUUGUACGUUAAAAAAAAACUUGUGGUUGUGAAAAUUUCUGAUUCUUGUCUCAUUUUGUCCGUCCGUUGAUCUGCAUUAUGAGAUGAGUCUGUCGCUGUUUUUGGCUAACUGAAUGGUAGCUUUUGGUUGCGAAAUGUCUAAAUGCCAUGGUUGAAUUGAAGCAUGCCCGUUUUUUAUACAAAUGAUCUAUUUAUAAUAAAGGAAUGUUUCACAAGUC